UGGCCCGGAAAGGCUGUUAGGCCCGGCCCACUUUCACCCUAUUUGUAGGACCCUCAAAAACUUCCCUCAUUUUUCUUCAGCAAGCAGCCAUGGAUUCAACAACCAGACACACCUGUCUCAGGCUAGAGAUAGAAGGAGAAGAGGGCAAGGGCAAAACCGUAAUUUUCGUCAAAGGCACCUGGUUCGCUUCCCACUUCAAUCUCUCCAUCACAGAUGGAUUCAAUGCUUGGACUUGCAACGCAUCGGAAUCGGAGAUCUCUGAGAGGGCAGAUCAGUGGGACCAGCCAGUUACGGAAUAUAUCGAGGCCGCUGAAAGAUAUCUCGGGUAUCAACAGCCGGGUUCAGUGUAUCAAUUUGUGGAUGCCGGGAAUGGCAACAGAAGAUUGUCAUGGACAUUUGUAAAGGAAGGAGUAAAGUUAGAAGGGCGAUGGAGAUGCCAGGCUUCAUCUGAUAGUAAGAAAACUACAGCUGAAAUCCUGGAUUUUCUUAUGGAUGCAAAUAUACGACUGAGUGAAGAAGUUGUUAGCAAGACCCAGUCAUUUAAGAGAUUGAAAACUGAAGCUGAAAAAUGCUUAGCACAAAGUGAAAAGUUCAAAGAUGAGAAGGCAGAGUUUGAAUCGGCCGUCUAUGCGAAGUUUGUUGGGGUCUUGAAUUCCAAGAAAGCAAAACUGCGUGAGCUCCGAGAUCAACUUUCAAAACUCAAAACUGGUGGGAAACUGCCACAAGAAGAGGAUGAGUCCACUGACAGAACCGAGAUGUACGAUGAAGAAAGCGAUGAUGCGGAAAGCAAGGAGCAAACCGUGAAAAAGGAUCUUCCCAGUGCUUCAAAGAACACUACAACGAUGAUGUCAAAGGGUCAAAAGAGAAAAACCCGCAUAUAGCUAUUGUCCUGACUGACAGUAAGUCUCACGGCAAAAUCCAACGAGGAUGUUUUUUUUUUUUUUUUUUGUUAUCAGUUUGUAUAGAGAAGUUAUUGUUGUCAAUGCAAAUCAAAA